AUGUCGCCUGAAAAAGAUCAGAUAUUAUCUGCCAAUGAAAAUGAAAAACUCGAUCAAUCAUUAUCUGAUAAUAAUCAUAAUAUAGUCUGUAUUAAGAAAAAUCUUUUUACAAAAUUGUGUAUAUGUAUUUUUAUUCUUGUUCUUGGAUCUUACUUAGUAUUAGUUGAGAAUAAAACGGAUAAUUCAGGUGGACUUGUAUCAUUGAUACCAGUGAUUGCUGUAGUUAUCUAUUAUUUAUUUGGUCUUGUUGUUGCAUAUAAACAACAUCGAUUCGGAUUACUUAUCUUUGCAUCGAUUGGAGUAAUCUUAUUCAUAGGAUUACGCAUUUUCAUUGAUUAUAUCAUCUUAACUAUUAUAGUAUUAAGUGCUGCUUUGGGUAUUAUUAAUCAUGAUCAUGGAAACAUCGUAGUUUUUGUAAUUCUCAUUGUAGUAGUAUUAUUUAUCAUGAUUGUAUCUCUGAAGUUCUAUUUGAAUUUGACAAAAUUGAUCAAAACAAAUCAAUAUCCAAUCGUCUAA